AUGUUUGGCCAUCUGAUACCUAGAAGAAAGUUUACAAAGACUUGCAAGGCUCUUCAAAGCAUCAAGGAAGAUGAGGGCUAUUUAAAGAGACGUCUUCAGCAGCUUAAAGACGAAAACUCGGUAGAUGAGAGAGACCCGCUGCAUAAACUCAUCAGAAGUGAAAAACUCGAUGAACUAGCUGAGGAUUUACCUCGAAAGGAAUUUGAACAGCGAUUUAAAGCACAAUUAGAGGCUUCUAAACUUGGGAAUCAUGUGGGCAAAGAACUACGAGAAACGGCGUUGUCCAAACCUUGGACUGGCGAAGAAUAUUUCACUGACACUUCACUUAGAAUGCUACUGGACUCAGUAAAAGAAGCCAAGAGUGUUUCACAUAAAAGCCUGGAAAAUUUGGCCUUUAAAUCGACCACAGACACCGUGAAUAAUAUGAGAGGCCUGGGGACCAAGAAUUCAAGAAUAAGAGACCGUUUGGAAGCAGCUCAAGACAGUAUUAUAAACUACCAAAAUGAAAAAGAUGAUCAAAAAAUCGAGACAGAUGAAGCGUCUGAGUUUCGCGCGCUUUAUGCCGAAAAGUUUACACCGGUUGGGUCCUUUGAAAAACUUCGGUCACUUGCAGACGUCAGAAUUGAGGAAAGCAUGAAGAAAGGCGAAUUCAGGUCCACAAGUCAAUUGCGGGGCCAGAAAUUGGCCAUGGUAUCGCCAAAACCAUACGUGGAUCGCACAGAGCAUCAUCUUAAUGAUAUUCUGGCCAGACAAAAGAUGUCACCACCUUGGAUCGACAAGCAAGGUUCCGUUAAUGUAGAAAUAUCCCGCCUGAGAUCGAACUUUGCCAAAAGCUACCAUCAAGAACUCAUAUCUCAAUUGAACGCAAGGGGGGUAUUCAAACGUAACGAUAAAGUUCACGACACUAAGUACAUGAAUGAAAUUGAACUUUUCGCCUUUCGCAAAUGGACAAGCUCUUACAACGCUAUUGCUCAAUCAAAAAUCAACGAACUAAACAAUUCUUUGAGAUCUUACAAUCUGCAGGCCCCGCUGUCCACACAAAAGUUCUACUUGUUGGUUGACAAGGAGCUUUCUCGGGUCUUGAACGAAACAGAUGUGUCAGAAAUUUACAAAGAAGAACUAAGACUGCGGAAUACACAAAUGAAGGAGAGUUUGACUUUGCCAAAGACUUUGGAAUUAGGUUGGCUCAAGGCUCUCAAGUUUUGGUAA